AGCCGGAGCAGCAGCCGCAGCAGCCGUGGGAGCGGCGGGGCCCGGGAAGACUCAGCGCCGCCCGGACGGGGCCCCCCGCAAGGAGCCCGGGGAGCCCCCCAGGAACGAGCCCGAGGCCCGGCGGGAGGUGGCGGAGGCGGCCGCCCAGCCCCGCUCAGGCCCAAGAGCCGCCGCGGCCUCCAGUGGCAGCCGAGCCCGGGCGAGAGGAGCCGGGGCCUGGGGAGGGGGAAGCCAGGGACAGCCCCCAGCCAGCCCGGGGUGACAGCCCCGUCCCCCCCGCGGGAGAGACCCCGGAUCCCAGCCGUGGGGAGGGAGCCUCAUAGGCAGCUCCCUGAUCCCCAGCCACGGGGGCGAGACCCCGAUCCCCAGCCCCAAAUAUCUGCCAAGCGGCGGACGCAGCCCACUGACCGGGGCGAGAGCCUCUGCAGCCCCCUUCCCAUCCGGGGUGGAGCCACCCUCAGCUCCCCAGUACCUCGUCAGAGGGCGCAGAGGGACACCCUCCCCCAUCCCUCCAGAUCUAAAAUAGACAAGGAGACACCCCCUCCCCCAUUUUUCCCAAGCCCAGCCAGACAGUCAGUGGGGAACCUCCGGGAGAGAGACCCCUUAAGUCCAGCGGGGACAGAGCAAGCCCUCAAAUACUUAGCCAGAAAGAAGCAAAACCCCAAAUAGUUGCCCAGUAAUUAAUUAACACCCAUUCAGUAUCCAACAAGAAAGCAAGGCCCGGGGAAGAGACACCCCUCACCGACUGGAAGUGCCUAGAACAGAGUUCUAGAUACCAACCUGGCAAGGGGCACUCCCCCCUGAAAGAGGAAAUAGCCCCACACUCCUAUAAAAAGACUAUCCCAAAUAUCCCAUGUAAGGUGGGGGAGAAACACCUGCCAGCCAGCCACCAGGGAAGAGAAAAGAGACUUCCCUGAAAUAUUCAGUUAGUAAGAGGAACUCCCCCAGAGAAGGGGGAGAUUUGCCUGCCCCAAAAGGGGACGUGAACCUAUAGGGAAGAGAAAAGGGACCCCCAGUUAGGGAGGGAAGGGGGAAUUGAUCUCCCAUAUAACCAGAGAGCCAGUGGGGAGAAGAAAACAGUAUCACCCCAGAGUGACACCCCUUAAAUAGUUGGCUAUUAAAGAAGAGAGAAAGGAGGAGAUCCCUAUCCUAGGAUACCACCAGCAAUUUAGGGGGAAGACAACCCCAAGCAGAUCAUUCUACCUCUCAGGGUCCCGACUUCAUCCACAACCCUCUCCCUCUCAAAAUCUGAAGAAGAUCUUGGAAUAGCUGGCAGCAAUGCUCUGAGGAUGGAGUCCAGGGGAGGAGUGUGAAGGGCAGAACCCCAAAAACCAGUGCUGGAGAUAACGCCCCCCUCCCUACAGAAAAUCUUCCAGACAGACAGACACUCCGGCUUCCGGCAUCAUGGCCUCUGACCUGGAAAGCAGUCUCACUUCCAUAGACUGGCUCCCCCAGCUCACUCUGCGAGCUACUAUUGAGAAACUAGGGGGUUCCUCGCAGGCGGGGCCCCCAGGGGCUGCCCGGAAAUGCCCCCCAGGCUCCCCCACUGACCCCAACGCCACGCUGAGUAAGGAUGAGGCUGCAGUGCACCAGGAUGGGAAACCACGCUACAGCUAUGCCACUCUGAUUACCUAUGCCAUCAACUCGUCGCCUGCCAAGAAGAUGACACUUAGUGAGAUCUACCGUUGGAUCUGCGACAACUUCCCCUACUACAAGAACGCUGGCAUCGGAUGGAAGAACUCCAUUCGCCACAACCUGUCUCUGAAUAAAUGUUUUCGAAAGGUGCCUCGACCAAGGGACGAUCCUGGGAAGGGUUCUUACUGGACAAUAGAUUCCUGUCCAGAUAUCUCCCGCAAGAGGCGGCACCCUCCAGACGAUGAUUUAUCACAGGACUCCCCAGAACAAGAGGCGAGUAAGAGCCCACGGGGGGCUGUCCCAGUCAGCACAGAAGCCUCUCUGCCCCCUGAGGCUACCCCUCAGCUAUCACUGCAGAGCACCACACCCAUUGCCAGCUACAGUCAGCAGGGCACAGGGCCCGUGGAUGUGGCAGCCACUGUGGCGGGAGGGCAGGGCCGUGAAGGGGCAGAUGUGCCACCCCCGCUCUACAGUACUAACCACGACUUCAAGUUCUCCUAUUCUGAGAUCAACUUCCAGGACCUGAGCUGGUCUUUCCGAAACCUCUACAAAUCCAUGCUGGAGAAAUCGUCCUCUUCCCAGCACGGUUUCUCUUCUCUCCUUGGCGACAUGCAGCCCUCCAAUCACAACUACUACAUGUACCAGCAGCAGCAGGGCCCCUCAUCAGUGGGGGCUGCUCCCCCACUCCACACCGCAAGCCCAGAGGGCUGUCCACCCCAGGGGGGCAAGCAGCAGGGUGGCGAUGGCUAUGGUCCCCCACCUGUGAUGUCCAUGCACCCACCCCCGAUGCAGCAUGGAGGGUACCACCAGCACCAGCAGCACCACCCGCACACCCACCCACAGCACCAGCAGCACCAACACCAGCAGCACCAGCAGCAGCAGCAGUCACAGGCUUCAAUCAACAACGCUGGCUUUGCAUUCCCCCCUGAGUGGUGCUCCAACAUUGACUCCCUGAAGGAAAGCUUCAAGAUGGUGAACCGGCUGAACUGGUCUAGCAUUGAACACUCCCAAUUCUCAGAGCUGAUGGAGAGCCUGCGCCAGGCUGAGCGGAAGAACUGGACCCUGGAUCAGCACCACAUUGCCAACCUCUGCGACUCCCUCAAUCACUUUCUCACCCAGACUGGUCAGCUCCCUCACCUGGGGGGCCCUCAGCAGCCCCCCCGAAUCUCUGAUUCUUGCGCCCUGAAUAGUGGCAAGCAGGAGCAGUCCAUGAACCAAGUGAACUCUUAUGGUCAGCCUCAGCCUCCCCAUCUCUUCUCCGGGCCAUCUCCUAUGUACCAGAUUUCCACCCAGGACAAUCCAGGGUAUAAUCGCCCAGCUCACCAUCUGGUCCCCCGGCCUCCAGUCCCUCCUCAAGGCGCCAAUGAGGAAAUCCCUGACGAUUUCGACUGGGACUUGAUCACCUAGCGUGUUACAGACUCGAGAGGCCGUCCCUUGUGAGGGACCUGGGAGGGAAGGGAGGCAUGGGGUGAAAGGUCGCAGGUCCAGCUGCCCAUGCCUCCCUGCCUUGCCUGUAUAUAGAUAUAUAUUCUCUCUCUGCGCCAGAGAAGACACCGCAAGAUGCUGCCGAAGAUAAUCCUUCCUUGCGUCCUGUUUUACCUUCUUUUUUUCUUUUGUUCAUUAUUAUUAUUAUCAGUAAUCGAGCACGGCCCUCCCCCACAUCAGAUCGGCAUCCCCACAUUGUGUGGUGCCCUGUGUGGGGCGGAGGGUGGAGAGAUGGCUCCCUGAUGCCAUGACAAGACCUUGGAAGGCCGAAACCUCAAGAGCAUCUUUCUCUGCCUCCCUCAUUUUGGUUUUACAAUCCCUCUUUGCUGGUGAAUCUGUUGUAUUGGCUACCGGAGUGAGAGAGCCUAGUGGACCCUGGGAGCCUGUAAUUAUGUUGUUUCAUAAAUGUUGUAAAGGUCAGGGGCUCAAAGGGACAUUGGAGGGGUGAUUUUAGCUCCGUGAUCAUUCUCACACCAGCAAGGGACGGCAAGAGGAAGAGGGAAGACCCUGAAGAUAAAGAAAGCAGAAUCUCUGUGGGGGGUGAGCUACAGCUGGGAUUUGGGCCGAGCUGGGAGAGGGAGGCUCUGAGUGCAGAAAAAGGAGAAUUUCAAGCACAGAUGCAUUUGGGAUUCAGAGAACACUGCCAUUUGUGAGGAGAUCAGAGGGAACCUGACCUGUUUUCUAUGCUGACUUUUGCAGUCUCUGGGAAUGUGAAGCCCACCUGUCAAGUAGGGGAAGCUCAGCAGGUGUGUUUUGCACCAGCAUUGGAGGGAUCAGGUACAGCACAUCAAAUAGCAUUCCCCGGGGCUUUUAACAUCACCAUUCCCCCUUCCCCCCAACUGUCCCUAUAGAUAUGCAGUGAGGCUUUUAUUUGCAUCUCCAAAGAAGACACCUGCACAUUAGGAAGCACUCCUCCUACUCCCUCAGUUCUUGUUCAGUUAGUUAUUCCCCCCAUUAAUUUCUUUGGAGACUGUCCUUGCCUGUGGUGUAAGGAUGCAAGCAAAGGGAGUCUUGUCUGCAUUAAUACCCGGUUGGUGGUUCCCAUUUGGGGAGUGAACCAAGGAUGGAAAGAAGAAGCCACUGCUCAGAACUGAGGGAGAUUUGGGGACUUGUAGGUUAGAGAUUGGAAUCGCCCCCCCCCCCCC